CUAGCUGACUCUUUUUAUCCCUUCGUCCGCCUCCUUCCAGACCUUCCAGCGGUCACUCUUACUUAGCCUUCGCACUCUCAUCCGGCUUAUCUGACGCGUCACGACGCGGGCCAAGACCAGUGACUGCCCCUAAUUUAGGUUAAUAUUAAUAGUUUGGCGGCAUCCGCCGACAUAUGAAAUACCCCUUUUAAGCCAUCUUGCCACGCGUGGGUGAUGCGAGGCAGCCUGAAAGCCGCGCGGCAUCUAAUACCCUCCAGCCCUCUUCCGAAAGCCUUCGCCGACUCAGGUUGCCAGUCUGGGCCCAGGUUACUUGAUAUCACCACCUUUACGGUCGUGAAACAUGGCACUUCCGCUGACCAGUAGACCAUCUGUAGUCUUCAUCUCGCUGGCAUUUACAUUGACGGUCAACGGCCACUACAUACCUAUGAUACGCCGCUCAGCAAUCCCCGAAAUUGGAGGCUCGCAGGCAGGUUUUAUUGGGCUCGUGGUAUUUCUCGGCGUGUUAAUAGUGGUAUGCUGCAGCGCAGUAUAUUAUCUUUUGCGGUACCACGAACCCACCGACCAGGAUCGGGUUCUUCGUCGAGCGCGGAGUCGCAGAUGCAGCACGGAACUCGACCCCUCCUCGGGAUCAUCUCUCGGAGACAAAUUCAAGCGAUCAUGGGAAAGGAUUCGCCAUGGCAGGCGACGAAGUGGAAGUGGUUGGAUGAAAGCAGGCUCUGGUGACUCAUGGGAGUCUACCUCAAGUAACGGGAACAUGCAAUCCAAUGAAUUUGGGGUCUGCGGCGGACAAGUGCCAAAACAUAUCGAAAAUACUGGCUGCACGAGUACUGCCGAAUCACCAUUGUCUGAUUCGGGGAACGAUCCUAUUUCUGCCGAUUACCGUGAUCCAUUCAAGGAAGAAUCGCCCGUCUCGCAAACAUCCCCUGCGAGCAUGAAGAUCGUGCGUUCGCUGUCUCCGUUUUCCAUGACUUCUUCAGGGAGGACGUCGACGAAGACGAUGACACUCACUGUCGCCAUCCCUCGACGUUUUCUACGGCAUCGGGGACGAGGUUUAUUGAACACUUGUAGGCACUACUACUCGUCUGGCGUGUCGUAUAUUCCUUGGACCAGCUCACUUGCUAGCCACGUACCUCGUGCUAAUUAUUGUAAAAUCCUCUAGUAACCAAUGAUGUCCUUGCCUUCCACAUAUUGUUUUCCAUUCUCUCCUCCCAGAAUUUGGAAACAACUUGAACCUUUAUAAACUUAGGUGACUUCUGCAAGUCAUACUACAUCUGCAAAAUGAC